CGCACGUUGCUUCGCUUCAGUAAAAACCCAACAAUCAAAGCUGUGAGAGCAGCCACAUUUCUGCGUAUUCAUGGCAAAUGGGUGUAAAGAUAUGCUUUUUGCUCGUGGAGCUGGACAAAGUGAUGAUUCUGACAUCUGGGAUGACACUGCACUGAUAAAGGCCUACGACAAAGCAGUUGCGUCAUUUAAGACUGCCCUGAAGGAUGAGGAGGACACGACAAUCUCAAAGAAAGACAACCCUGGCAAGAAACGGAAAAACCACAAAAAGAACCGCAGCAGAAAGAGAAGCGGUGCUCCUUCCGAUAAAGAGUGGCAAGUCGGCGAGCCCUGCUGUGCCUACUGGUCUGAAGACGGCAAGCUUUACGCUGCCACCAUCUCCUCCAUAGACGAGAAGAGGGGCACCUGUAUAGUUGUGUUCACAGACUAUGGGAACGAGGAGGAGCAGAACCUCCGAGACCUUCUGACUGAGAGCUCCGAGGUAGAGGAGGAAGCCCCCGACAAGGUUAAAGAAGCAGAGUCUUCUACAAAGGAGAGCGAUAGGUCGUCCGCCCCACACCCUCACAGUCACGCGCCACGCUCUAAACCCAAAUCCAAAUCCCCCAAAGUACCUCCGAUGUGGGGUCCAGGUUUCCCUGGCUUUCCCCCAGGUCCCCCUCCCAUGCCUGGCUUCAGAACGGGAGACUCUAGACGACCUGGGGCCUCCGGGCCUGCCCCUCCGGGAUGGCCUCCCAUGACGGCCUCUGGGCCACCGAUGAUCCCUCCCCCUCCCCCCAUGAGUCCAGACGGAGAGGACGAUGAGGCCUUGGGAAGUAUGCUGAUCGCCUGGUACAUGAGUGGAUACCACACCGGAUACUACCUGGGGUUAAAGCAAGGCCGCAAAGAAGCUGCUGGAAAGAAGGCUCACCACAAGUGAAGAAGGGGACUUCGUUCUUACCUGACAAACCGUCAACUAAUAUCUUCAAAACGUUUGUGUUCAUCCCGCCACGAAAAGAAUGACCUUUGUGUUCUGCUGCGGGUCCUAGGUGUUUGUCUCCAUCCCAGAUGCAGAGGACUGGAGUGCUGUGAAUGAAUUGUGACGUGUGUGAAUGAACUCUUUGUUUCAAAGCCUCCAUGUGUUUCGGGGGUUAAGUUUUGUAUUCUUUGUAAAUAAACCCAAAUAAAGGAUCUUAGCUCACAA